GAGGGCGACCCUGAUAAGCCAGUUGCGGUUGCGGGUGCGAAGGGGAGGAGUAGGGGGAAUGGCCUGCCGGGCGAGGUGGAGAUCGUUGCGGUGAAAGACCCUUACAAGAGCAUCUCCUUGCAUUUGAUAGCAUGCAAGGACUUCCUUCCCUCACUCGCGCCAUUCAUGUUCUGAGAUGCCCUUCAGUACCACUUCUCAUGCGAAGCAUUGCAGCAUGUGCUACUGUUUUGUAUGUGAUGCUCCAGCUCCAUGCAAGUACUGGGGCAAAGGGCUCUUGAAUGAUGAUCAUUGCCAUGCCACUGACAAGGAAACAAAGUGGAAAGUACUGAGGCAAACAUUUAAGUGCAAAAGUGUGCCAGCAUCUUAUCCAGAGGAACGCCCGAGUGUUGUGUACCCAACAAGGCCAUCCCCCAGACAUCAGGAAUAUUACGAGGAGUACACACCAGAGGAGUACUUCGAGCCGGACGAGGAGGCCACGGUGUGCAUUGGGAAUCUACCGUAUGACAUUGACAAGAAGGACCUUGCCCUGCUCUUCAAGGAUGUCGGCAUUGUCAUGUUCUCGGAGAUCAUUUAUGACAGGGAAACAGGCGAGAGCCGUGGAUAUGGGUUUCUCACCAUGAGUACUGCUGAGGAGGCCAAGAAGGCUGUGGAGAUGUACAAUCGCCGUGAGAUGGACGGUAGGCCCCUGACUGUGUACAAGACAGCUGCUACCAGAGGUGCCCGGACAGAAGAAACACCGUCUCCCCAUCCCAGUCGACCAGUGUCUUCUUCAUUCAAGAUCUAUGUGGACAAUCUUCCCUGGAAAGUGAGCAACUCAAACCUGAAGCAGCUGUUCAGUGACUAUGGUGAAGUGGUCGGUGCCAAAGUUGUUUACCACCACGGAAGAGAUGCCGGGCGCCCCCCGUUUGGAUUCGUCACGUUGGCGACGCGGCAGGAAUCGGAGAACGCCAUUUGGCACCUCAACAAGCAGGUUUGGUGGGGACGCAAACUGCGAGUGCAAGUCGCAAGAGAGGAAGGGACACGGUGAGGGUUUUAGGUGCUGGGCUUUGCAGGUUUAGGUAGGAGCAUCAUAGCACCCGUGAUACUGGUCUAGAUUCAGAGCCUCCAUCAGCUUUCUUGCCGUGCUUCUCCUUUUGCAUUUAGUGUUACUACCCCUGUAACAGACGAGUAGAAAUCAUAAGAAUUCUGCUUGGUUUCAGACCUACAGUACUACCUCCUCUGUCUUUUUAGUGUUAGAUACAUCUGUAUCUUACAAAUCUAAGACAACUAAUUUAGGACGGAUGUAGUAUUUCAUAAAAACCUGU